AUGCCAGAUAUCGAUAACAUACUUCAGUCGAUUAUCACUGCUACAAAGGCAGCUAAUACUGCAGUUGAGGAAUUUGCUUCAAGCAAUGCCAAAUCUGACCCACCCACGUUCAUAGAGAACCUACUAGAUAAGUCAGGACUGGCUGAAGCUGAGGGCAUCUCUUUACUCUCGUUGAAAAAUCAGUCAUUGGCAUCUUAUAUAAACAACUUGGCCUUGAUUGUUCUAGGACAGAUAGAGAGACUAGACAGUGACAAAAAUGAAACCAUUAAACAGGGAGCUGUUGAGCGAUCGAUUGUGCAAAGGGUCACUUUAGAAAAAGGUGUGAAGCCAUUGGAGAAGAAAAUCAACUACCAGAUUGAAAAUCUUUUGAAAGCAUUUAGCAAGGCUGAGAGUCAAGAUUUGCAGAACAGGAAAGAGGAGGAAGAUCAAAUUAAUGACGACAGUGAGGCAGAAGAAGAGGAGGAUGUUGAUUCAGAAGAUGAUGAAAUGGCAUUUAGACCAGAUGCUGCAGCUUUGGCUAAAUUAGCUCCCCAAGCGAACAAGACGUCUUCGUCCGAAAAGUAUAGACCACCAAAAAUAUCUGCCGUGGCACCUCCAACUAGCAAGGAAACAACUGCCAAGACUCCAACACAGAAACUCCAGAGUAUGGAAGAGUAUUUGCAAGAACAAAGUGAUCUCCCUACAGCUGAAGCAAGUAUCGGUUCUACUAUCGUUAGUCACGGUCGUGGUGGUGUCAAGACGCAACAUGAUAGAAAGAAAGAAAAGGAGAUUCAAACUUACGAAGAAGCUAAUUUCACUAGAUUGCCCACAGCCCAAACUAAAAAGAGUUUCAAACAGAAGCAGAGGGAUAUGGUCAACCAGUUUGCAGGUGAAGAUUGGAGUAUCUUUAAUAAGGACAAGAACUUGGAAUCGGGCACAUCGAGAAAAAGAAAACCAACAACCUCUUGGGAUAGAGCUAAGAAGAAACGUACAUAG